AAUUUAUUAUAUUAAUAAGUUAAUUUUAUAAUAAUAUAGAAUCAUAGCUAAUGAUCGCAAUAUGGAGACCAACGGUGCUGAGAUGGUCAUCCUGGAUGAUGAACUCAAGAAAUUACAGGGAAUGACAGAAUGUCAAAUGGCAGAUGAAUCGGCAGAUCAAGAGGAAAAUGACGAAGUUGACCGUAGAUCAAUAUAUGUAGGAAAUGUAGACUACUCCACUAAACCACAUGAUCUUCAAGAAUUUUUUAAGGCUUCUGGUCAAAUAAAUAGAAUUACCAUUAUGGUAGAUAAGUGGACUGGUAAGCCCAAAGGGUAUGCUUAUAUUGAGUUUGCGAGUGAAGAUGCCGUUAACAAUGCCGUUAUGCUUAAUGAUUGUCUCUUCAAGGAACGGAUAAUUAAGGUCAUACCAAAAAGGAAAAACAUUCCUGGUUAUAAUAGGAAGCGUGCACAGCCAAGUCGUGGACGCGGACGGGGUUUCCGUCCAAUGAGAGGAGGACGGUAUAAUACACACUACCGCGGUGGUUACCGUGGAGGCUAUGGGAAACCCUAUUAAUGUAUUAUUCAAAAAGGGCUAGUGUGUGACCUAACAGCAC